AUGCAGUGGAACAUAGUUUGUUGUCUCUUUUUGGUGGCUUUUGUUGUGGCGAACGAAACCAACACCUUAACGGAGGAUUCGAAACCACAAGUGGGAAAAGAUGCUGAAGAAGUGCGUGGAGUUGUAAAAAAGGAUUUGAGUACAUUGAGUAUAAAGGAACAAAAACAAGUGGUACAGAUCGCAGACUCGAUUUCUAAAAAAGAAGCAGAAAACUCAAAUGCUGAAACGACAACGGAAGCAGACACCGACACCGAAGUGGUGGAAGCGCAAUUUGUUGAAGGUGAGAAUACUAUAGAUAAUGUCACCGAUUCCGCCCCAAAAUCGCCAGUAUCCUGUGAAAAUGACUCCACAAAACAAAAACACGAGCAGCGUCCGGAGAACUUAAGUGCCACACCUAAAUUUCAUGGCGGUGGUAAGCCUUAUCUUCAGUUAGUUGUGCCCACACAAUAUCCGUACACUACAAGAGCACCACCGCCACACCACUAUCAUCCGGGCUAUGGCGGGAACCCCGGCUAUGGCGGGAACCCAGGCUAUGGUAGUAAUCCUGGGUAUGGUGGAUAUCCUGGGUAUGGUGGUUAUCCUGCGUAUGGUGGUUAUCCUGGUUAUGGCGGCUAUGGUGGCUAUCCCGGUUAUGGCGGUUAUCCCUUCUACGGUGGUUAUUCCUUUUACGGCGGUUAUCCCUUUUACGGCGGAUAUCCCUUCUUUCCUUUUGUUAAUGGCACAUUCGCACGCUUUCGCAAUCUCAAUUUAGAACAACAGAUUGACGCUGAAGACUCAAGGAGCUCGACGACAUCAAAGAAGAAGGAAAAUGUGAAAGAGUCCAUACCAUCAUUCUUUCGUUUAUGGAAUUUUGGUUGA